AUGCUAACACCCCAAUCUAUGCUUACUUCUACCCUUUCUCUCCGUGGGUUCUUCUUCCUAUGUUCCAAGUCCUAUUCUUUCCCACAAAAGUACAAAUUCAAACAUCAAAAAUUAUACAGACCCAUUUCUAAGGAUCAUAAGUUACUUUGUGGAAAUUUGAGUUUUUCUGCUUUCAGUAACACUAACACUGCAGUGAACUAUGCCUACGGCUACGAUGAUCUUCUUGAGGGGAAAAAUGAGGGGGAUGAAAAUGGAAUUGAUUUCUUGCAUCUAAUGGAGGAACGUGGUGUUCGUGCCAAUUCUCAGACAUAUUUGUGGUUGUUAGAAGGGUGUCUGAAUUCUGGGUCGUUUUCAGAUGGGUGGAAGCUUCAUGGGAAGAUUUUGAAGAUGGGUUUUUAUGCAGAAGUGGUUUUGUGUGAUCGUCUUAUGGAUUUGUACAUUGCAUUUGGUGAUUUGGAUGGUGCAGUCAAGGUUUUUGAUGAUAUGCCUAAUAGACCAUUGUCUUGUUGGAAUAAGAUUAUACAUAGGUUUGUUGCAGACAAGUUGACGGGUCAAGUUCCAGGUUUGUUUCAGCAAAUGAUGAAGGAAAAGGUUAAACCUGAUGAGAAAACUUUUGCAGGGGUCUUGAGGGGUUGUUGUAGUGGUAAUGUUGUUCCGGUUCACUAUGUGGAGCAAAUACAUGCCAGGACUAUAACUUCUGGUUUUGAAAAUAGUCUGUUUAUAUGUAAUCCUUUGAUUGAUUUCUAUUUUAAAAAUGGUUUUUUGAAUUCUGCUAAGAAGGUUUUUGACAAUUUACAGCAGAGAGAUAGUGUUUCUUGGGUAGCUAUGAUAUCCGGUUUAUCGCAAAGUGGUUAUGAAGAAGAAGCCAUUCUUUUAUUUUACCAGAUGCAUACAUCAGGAAUCUACCCUACCCCUUAUACUUUUUCUAGUGUUCUAAGUGCGUGUACAAAAGUAGAAUUUUUUGAGUUUGGAGAGCAGCUUCAUGGCCUUCUCCUGAAGCAGGGAUUCUCUUCUGAAACAUAUGUUUGCAAUGCCCUUGUGACGUUAUAUUCCCGUUUGGGGAAUUUGAUAUCUGCAGAUCAGAUUUUUAAUGCAAUGUCACAGAGGGACAGAGUUUCAUAUAACUCACUCAUCUCAGGUCUAGCUCAACAAGGAUAUAGUGACAGAGCUUUAGAGUUGUUUAAGAAAAUGCAUCUUGAUUGCCUAAAACCUGAUUGCAUUACAGUUGCAAGUCUUUUGAGUGCAUGUGCAUCAGUUGGGGCUCUUCUGAAAGGAAAGCAAUUACACUCAUAUGCAAUAAAGUCUGGAAUAUCUUCAGACAUAAUCCUUGAAGGUGCACUGCUUGAUCUUUAUGUAAAAUGCUCAGAUUUAAAAACUGCCCACGAUUUUUUCCUUGCUACUGAAAAUGAAAAUGUGGUGCUGUGGAAUGUGAUGCUCGUGGCUUAUGGCCUGUUAGACAAUCUGAACGAAUCAUUUCAAAUAUUUACACAGAUGCAGAUAGAAGGUAUUGUACCCAAUCAAUUCACCUAUCCGAGUAUCUUGAAAACCUGUACUUCUUUGGGAGCUCUUGAUCUAGGAGAACAGAUUCAUACUCAAGUACUAAAAACUGGUUUUCAGUUCAAUGUGUAUGUCUCUAGUGUGCUUAUUGACAUGUAUGCCAAACUUGGAAAACUAGAUACUGCCCUGAAAAUCCUUAGAAGACUAAAAGAGAAAGAUGUUGUUUCCUGGACAGCCAUGAUCGCUGGAUAUACACAACAUGAUAUGUUUGCUGAAGCUCUUAACCUCUUUGAAGAAAUGCAAGAUCAAGGGAUACAAUCUGAUAAUAUAGGAUUUGCAAGUGCAAUCAGUGCAUGUGCAGGUAUCCAAGCACUUGAUCAAGGAAAGCAGAUUCAUGCUCAGUCAUGUGUCUCUGGUUAUUUGGAUGAUCUUUCAAUUGGUAACGCACUUGUUAGUCUUUAUGCUAGGUGUGGGAAAGUACAAGAAGCAUAUGUUGCUUUCGAUAAAAUAUUUGCUAAAGAUAAUAUAUCAUGGAACUCAUUGAUAUCAGGUUUUGCACAAAGCGGACAUUUUGAGGAAGCACUGAAUCUAUUUGCUCAAAUGAAUAAAGCUGGACUAGAAAUCAAUUCAUUCACAUUUGGCUCUGCAGUUAGUGCUGCAGCAAAUGUUGCUAAUGUUAGACUAGGGAAGCUGAUUCAUGCCAUGAUUAAAAAAGCUGGCUAUGAUUCAGAAUCUGAGGUUUCUAAUGCUUUGAUCACACUAUAUGCAAAAUGUGGUAGCAUUGGUGAUGCUGAGAGACAGUUCUUUGAAAUGCCCGAGAAAAAUGAGGUUUCAUGGAAUGCCAUGAUUACUGGUUAUUCUCAACAUGGUUAUGGAUUCGAAGCACUAAGACUUUUUGAAGAUAUGAAACAGCUUGGUGUAUUACCAAACCACGUCACCUUUGUGGGAGUUUUAUCAGCAUGUAGCCAUGUGGGUUUGGUGGAUGAGGGAAUUAGAUACUUUCAAUCAAUAAGUGAAGUGCACAGCUUGGUGCCAAAACCUGAACAUUAUGCAUGUAUUGUGGAUCUUCUUGGGCGGUCUGGUCUUUUAAGCCGUGCUAGGAGAUUUAUAGAGGAGAUGCCAAUUCAACCAGAUGCAAUGGUCUGGAGGACCCUUUUAAGUGCUUGUAUUGUUCAUAAGAAUCUUGAUAUUGGGGAGUUUGCUGCAAGUCAUCUUCUGGAACUGGAACCCAAAGAUUCAGCAACCUAUGUUUUGCUUUCAAACAUGUAUGCAGUGACUGGGAAAUGGGGUUGUAGGGAUCGGGCAAGGGAAAUGAUGAAAGAUAGAGGUGUUAAGAAAGAGCCUGGUCGUAGCUGGAUAGAGGUUAAUAAUUCAGUUCAUGCAUUUUUCGCUGGUGAUCAGAAACACCCUAAUGCAGACAUGAUAUGUGAAUAUCUCAGAGAUCUGAAUGAACGAGCUGCUGAAAAUGGUUAUGUGCCGCAGCGCAAUUUCCUUCUGAAUGAUGUCGAACGACGUCAGAAGGAUCCAACACAAAUUAUACACAGUGAGAAACUGGCAAUUGCUUUUGGAUUGCUUAGUUUGUCUAGUUCCACUCCUAUCCAUGUUUUUAAAAAUCUUCGGGUUUGUGGGGAUUGCCACAACUGGAUUAAGUAUGUCUCUAAGAUAUCAGAUCGAGUUAUCAUAGUGAGAGAUUCAUAUCGCUUUCAUCAUUUUGAAGGUGGUGUUUGUUCAUGUAAAGAUUACUGGUGAGAGGGAAGAAGGUUGACUAUAAUGAAUGAAUCCGUCUAGGCUUGUGGUGUGAACAACAAAUUAUGACUAAUGUUGCAGAAUAUUUGAAUUGGUCAUCCAAGUCUGUGGUGAACAAUAAUAGCUGAGGCAUUUCAUGAGCUUUCUUUGCAUGCAUUCUUUUUGACCCAUAUAUCACAUGCUGAAGCUAUUGGUGACAUUUGGUUUAACCCAGAGUGCUGAUUUUGAUAUCUCUUCCAUG